AACAAGAAACUGGUGCCGGUUUGGUUUCACCUUCACGUGCUUCUGCGUCCGUCGUAUAUCUUCGCCCAGGAGCAAAGUGAACGACGCGCCGUAUCGCCUUCAGUCUGGGGGCGGGUCCGUACAAGGGGCCUGUAGGGAGGGGCUGCGUGUAUUCAUAACCAGAGGAAACCAGCUGUCGCACCACUUGUUCCCCUGUGUCGCCGUGUUGCUGCCGCUCCUCUGCUCUCCGCCAUGGCUGUUGUCUCUCCGAUGGACGCCUCGUACGUGCCCAAGGCACUGCACUCCCUGACCGACGAUGACGAGGCAUGGCGUGAAUUUGCCACUAACGACGAGGCAUGCGUGCUGGUCAUCUACACCGGAGGGACCAUCGGCAUGGUCAAGGACAAAAACGGAGUUCUCAAGCCGGCGCCAGGAAUCCUAGACAAGAGGCUGCGCGAGUUUCCACAGCUUCACGAUGCGGAGUACGCCAAGGAGCACUUCGGUGACUGCGAGAAGCCUCCGCUGGUCCUGCCUCUUACCGGCGAUCCGCGAAGAGUGGUCUACACGAUCUCCGAGUACAGUCCUCUGCUGGACUCUUCCAACGCCACCAUGGACGACUGGUUGCAAAUUGCAAAAGACAUAAAGAAAUACUACGACUCCUACCACGCCUUCAUCGUGCUCCACGGCACGGACACUAUGGCGUACACAUCGUCCGCGCUCUCCUUUCUGCUGGAGUGCCUCGGGAAAUCGGUCGUCGUCACCGGCUCCCAGAUACCAGUUUUCGAGCCCCGAAGCGAUGGAAGAGACAACCUGCUGAACGCUCUCAUUAUAGCUGGAAACUACGUCGUGCCAGAAGUUACGCUUAUGUUCCACAAUCAACUCUUCCGUGGGAACCGCGUGAGCAAGUUCAGCAUUUCCCACCUUGAUGCCUUCGCGUCGUUCAACAUGGCGCCUCUUGUGACCCUUGGUGUCAAUGUCGAUAUUACUUGGCGUCUGAUUCUCCCUGAUCCAAAGGGUAAGGAAUUUCGCGCCCACGAUACCCUGAAUCGCGACGUUGGCCUGCUCCGCCUCUUUCCCAGCAUCACUGCCGAACUGGUGGAGUGCUCUCUGAAACCCCCCAUUGAAGGAGUUGUGCUUCAGACUUAUGGGGCUGGCAACGCGCCCACUGCUCGCACGGAUAUCAUGGAGGCCAUUCGGAGUGCUGCUAAACGCGGAGUCCUCAUCCUCAACUGUUCCCAAUGCCAGCAUGGAUCAGUGGAUCCCGCCUACGAGACGGGAAAUGAACUGCUCGAGGCUGGCGUCAUUCCCGGUGCCGACAUGACCCCGGAGGCAGCGUUGACGAAGCUGGCUUACGUUCUCUCCAAGAGCGAGUGGACACACGACGAAAAGAAAAAGAAGCUGCAGGAAAGCCUGCGCGGUGAGUUGUCUACCGGGCCAGGCGACAGCUGGGAAGACCAGUACCAGAUACUCAACCUGAUGGGACCUUGGAAGGCUCUGUUUAUUCGCUGAUGCUCGCUCACUUUAACAUUUAAGUAAAUUUAACCGGUAUACUAAGUUUGGUGCGUCGCUUCUUCACGCACAUUCCUCUGUAUACCGCCAUCUCUAUAUACCGUGAAUAUAUCCGCCUUCGCAAUAAACAAGAGUUUUUACACACUUA